AUGGGAUGCUGCUCAUCUGUGCCGUCGCGUGAGGACGACCAUCUUCCAGAAAAUCCAACUAUUCCCGAUCAGCGCUUUGCACAGGCAACUCGCAAUGCUAGUACAGCCACCGACACUUCCGCGACGACGCAAGCCAGCCGUCGCCAUGGACGACGCAGCUCGGCACUACCACUGAAUCAACACUACAAUGCACCCUUACGCUCCCAUGUCUGGUACAGCAAGCGCCGUGCCUGGAACCGCGCCGACCUCGAUCGUGAACGCCGUGAAUUCUUCGAGACUCGAGUGACGGGGCGGCCCGAAGUGUGGGCGGCGCUGGCGGCAGCCAUCACCAUUAUGCGCGGCAAUGAUCUCGCUACUGCGCAGAGUAUCAUCAAUGCCGCGGGGGUAACCAUCCCGACGGGCGAUCUGUGUGAGGGUUGUUACGACGAGCAGGGCGUCUUGUAUCGUCUGCCCCAGUGUAUCGUUAGUGAUCCGGAGAAUAUGGCGGAGACGAGUUCAUCCGGCGUGAACGACGGUACUCAAGGCAGUGAGGUGAUGCAGGAAGAGGACGAUCUCGAAGCCUUGGCGGAUGGGAAAUUUGGAACGGAAGAUGCCUCUGGUGAUGAAUUGAUGGCCGAGGACAUGGAGCGACGAAGAGACGAAAAGGGCAAGACGAGCGAGCGCAAUCUCAUUCGUGUCCAGGCACGACUGAGCGAUCGCGGCGGCCCUGACUUGACGGUGUCUAUCCCCACUCAUCAACGUGUGCGCGUGGCCUACCUGGGUCGCAUGCUCAAAGAACACAAGUCACUCAUGGAUCAAGGGUGGCAGCAAGGCCAUGUAAUCAACGCGCUUAUUGUCGCUCAGGCUCCAGACCCCUUAUGA